ACUUGUAGUGAACCUCAUAUUUAUAUGUCCUGCUUAACUUCAGGUGUAUUCCAGAUACACGACUUUCACUUUCCCAACCCCAACAUCCACACUAACCUCACCAAUCCAAGCCACAGCACCACCCACCCACCAUGGCAACAAUAACCCAAAUAAUCCAAACCCACGUCCCCGACCUCCAACCCUACGAAGAACUCUACAAACACUUCCACUCCCACCCGGAGCUCUCCCACCAAGAAUCCGCCACCGCAGCCCGGAUAUCCCAGCACUUGUCCACCCUAGGCGGCGGAGGCCACUACACCAUCCACGCCUCCCUCGGCGGCCACGGCCUCGCCGCCGUGCUCCCCAACGGCCCCGGGCCCACCGUCCUCCUCCGCGCCGACAUGGACGCCCUGCCCGUCCUCGAAGCCACGGGCCUGCCCUACGCGUCCACCGACCGCGCCCGCGACCUCAGCGACGGAGGGGUCGAGAAGCCCGUGAUGCAUGCGUGCGGCCACGACAUGCACGUGACGGCGCUCCUCGCGGCGGCGGAGACGCUGGCGAGCGCGCGGGCGGAGUGGAAGGGGACGCUGGUGUUGGUGUUUCAGCCGGCGGAGGAGAGGGCGGAGGGGGCGAGGCGGAUGGUGGAGGAGGGGGGGUUGUAUGAGAGGGUGCCGGUGCCGGAUGUGCUUGUCGGGGCGCAUGUUAUGCCGUUUCGAUCGGGCGUGAUUGGGGUGAGGGGGGGGUUGGUUGCUAGUAGUGCCGAUUCCUUCGAAGUCCACCUCCCCGGCCGCCAAUCCCACGCCUCCACCCCGCACACCUCCCUCGACCCCAUCCUCCUCGCCGCCCACACCAUCAUCCGGCUCCAAACCAUCGUCGCCCGCGAAGUCGACCCCCUCGACUUCGCCGUCGUCACCGUCUCUGCCAUCCACGCCGGCGACCGCGAAAACAUAAUCCCCGCGUCCGCGACCCUGAAGCUCAACAUCCGCGCCGCGAAGCCCGCGACACGUGACCGCGUUUUGAAGAGCGUGCGGCGGAUCAUACGUGCAGAAGCGAUGGCGACGUCUGACGAGGGGGGAGAGGGGAUGGAGCCGAGGAUCGAAGGGAUAAACGCGUUUCCGUUCUUAUACAACGACGAGGUUUCCACGGCUGUGCUGCAGGAUGCGUUUGCGGGGCAUUUUGGGGGGAGGGAGUGGGCGAGGUUUGAUGCGGAGAUACCGAGGCUGCAGGGGUCGGAGGACUUUGGGCUGCUGGCGACGAGUGUGGGGAGGCCGUCGUGUUUUUUCUUGUAUGGGGGUGUGGAACAUGAGGUUUGGGAUCGGUUGGAGGGGGAGGGGAGGUUGGCGGAGGUUCCUGGGAAUCAUUCGCCGGGGUUUAGGCUGCAGAUUAGGCCGACGUUGGAUGUGGGUGUUGAGGGGUAUGUCGCUGCUGCGCUGGGGUUCUUUAGGGAGGGGAAGGUGGUGAAGGAACGGGUGGUAGAAGGGUAA